AUGUCUUCCAGUCAUCUGUCUGAUGUUGAAAUCAAUGGCGUCAUUUCCGGAGGGACAACCCCAAAUAAUAAUAACGUUGAAACGGGAACCGGACCGCUUCUGAUCUCUGUCAGUAUAUGGUUUGUUGCCAUUCCUUUCGUCAUCUUUGGGGUCGAGUGGUCAAAUAUUGCCUUCCAUAGCAAGGUAGAAGUGGUCGCCACCAUGGUUGUGUAUUUUUCCUUCGGAACCGUAGCGGUUAUAGCCUUCUUUAUAUCUUUGUUACUUAACGCUUUAACUGAGAAAACUCAACAGACAUUUCUACAGAAAAUAUUGAACUACUGGAAAGAGCUGAGGAAAAUGCAUUUUCCCAAAGCAAACGCUGGGAUGGUCAUUCAGUUCGUAUUGUUUAUUAUCUUCGCCUGUGGGUAUACAUUUAAUACCUUUACUUAUGCCGAGCAUUUGCAUACUGAUCAUGUUGACCAAGGUCUUCUGACGUCAUAUUCUGUAGUUUGCAUCGCAUUCAUAUGGAUUCAGGUAAUUGUACUUAUAUUUCUGCAAUUUUACGACAAGAAAAUAUCAAGCGGAGGAAAAGUCCUUCGAAUGGUUAUAAUCGUAUCCAAUGCCUGUAGCUGGAUGAACGCUUACUUGUUCGAAUCCUCCGAAAUAUUUGAAAACAAGCAUGAAUCAACUUCAAACGCCACGUCACACAAUUCUACAAACGAACAUUGCUUCGAUAGCACUCACGAAAUCGCAGAAAUAAUGUUCGCCCCAGUAACUAUUGAAUACACAAUGAUGGCAAUCGGGUUUUUAUUUCCGACUGCGUUGGAAGAUGUAAAAUACCAAAGGAGUUGGAAAAUGACUAGCUUGAUUAUAGCUUCCUUGAUUAUCUACGAAGCAAGUGUAUUUGGAUUCUCCAUGUAUGUCGUUUUGCAAUGUACAAAAAUUGAUGAAACAAAAGGAAUUCCCAUAGAGUUCUUAUUCUAUGUCAUUCUAAUUGCUAUUUUGUUCACAGCUAUGAUUGCUCUUCUCAUAGUGUGCGUGAUUCUGAAAUCACGGUCCAAACUUCGGAAGUCGAAAGACCAACAUUUACACAUGGGAUCUUUUAUAUUAUUAGUUACUGCUUUCGGAAAUAAUUUGUACCACCUAUUGAAUUCCAUUGCAGUCUUGGAGCUGGAUUCCAUAUCUGUUUUCUAUAAAAGUGUUGCUUUCGUACAGAAUAUUCUAGGACUUGUCCUUGCAUUUCUACAGACUUGGUUUCUUCUAGCCAUUCAUAGAUAUGAUGUAACGGACGAAACCCGAAGGAAUCCGAACAGCGAUAGUGGAUGUACCUGCCAUGCCAAGACCAGUCUAAAACACAGCUGCCUCGCUCUGGCGGUAAUGAACUUUGGAUUGUGGACCUACGGAAGCAUUGCGGAAAUCCGGGAACCUGUCUUCUCGUACUUACAGCAGAAAUAUUACACAGGCCCCUCGUGGAACGUGAUACUGAAGAUUAUUUUUCCUUUGACUAUUUUUUAUCGAUUCCAUUCAUCAAUGGAUUUUCUGAAUUUAUGGCUUCAUUUUGCAAAGGAGGAUUGA